AUUACAAAGUGAGUUCUAGAUUUUUUCUUUCUCUUUCUUGGAUUUUCGUUUGCUUUCCCUCAGCAGGAUUUCUGUUUUCCCCAAAACAUCCAUGGCGAAGGAAUGUAAAGUGAAAUUGAAGAGCUCAGAUGAUGAAAUGUUCGAGGUUGAUAAGGCCGUGGCAUUUGAAUCUGAAACAAUCAAGAAUAUGAUUGAGGAUACAGGCGUGGAGAGCGUGGUGCCCUUGCCGAAUGUAAGUAGUAACAUCCUGGUCAAAGUUAUUGAAUAUUGUAAUUAUCAUGUGGAUGCCGCCAAGACCAGCGUAGAAAAGAGUGCUAUUUCGGAGGAGGAUGUGAAGAAGUGGGAUCGGGAGUUCGUGAAGGUGGAUCAAGCUACCCUUUUUGGUCUUAUACUGGGAGCCAACUAUCUGAAUAUAAAGAAUCUUCUGGACUUAACGUGCCAAACUGUAGCUGACAUAAUUGAGGGCAAAAGCCCAGAAGAGAUCCGAAAGACAUUUAACAUAAAAAAUGACUUCUCUCCUGAAGAGGAGGCAGAGGUCAGGCAUGAAAAUGAAUGGGCCUUUGAGUAAAUCUGAAAGUUAAUUUUUAUAUAGUUUUGUGGCAUGGGACUUGGAUUUCUUACCAAGUAUCUUUAAGAACUCGGAGAUUUGAUAUCUGGUUUUUGGCUGGUAUCCUUUAUUUAAGUUGUAUUAAAUGUAGCAGUUUUAGGUGAUAAGUUGACAAUAUUUCAAGCAAAGGCAGUCUUAGGUGAUAAGUUGACAAUAUUUGA